GCAGCAGCCGGCAGCCGCAAGAAGUGAGACAGCCGACAAACCCAUUUCUCCUGGUGGACGUGGUUUUACACGCUGUACACUUUCGAGAUUAUUUCCUAAACUGACUAUGCAUCUAUUGUCAUAGUCCUGAAUGGGUUUGGGGCAGAGUAACUGAUGCCAGUGAAGUAAGGAUUGCGGAUAAAAACAGUUUGCAAAGAUGCAAUGGAAGGCCACGGGAGAACAAUAGCAAACAGAUUAGUUCAAUAUUUGAACUCCUCUGAUAAAUAAGAUCUUGUCGCUGAUUUCAAGGCAAAGGUAGCUUUUCCGAAGAAGCGGCGGACCAUGGCAGCUGUGACAAGCCCGGAGACAACCCCUCAGCCUCGGGUAUACUUCCAAACCCCCCCGGGCACGGGGGACGAAGUUCCCCAGAAACAAGGGCGAGUGACAGUCAAAUACGACAGGAAAGAAUUGAGAAAAAGACUUAACCUCGAGGAGUGGAUUGUCGGGCAGCUCACUCAGUUGUACGACUGUGAGGAGGAAGAGGUUCCUGAGUUGGAGAUCGAUGUGGACGAACUCCUUGACCUGCCCAGUGAUGUAGACAGAGCACGCAAAGUCAAGGGGUUGCUGGCAGACUGCUUCAAGCCCACAGAUGACUUUGUAGCCGCCUUGCUGGAGCGUGUGAGAGGGAUGCAGAAGCUCAGCACCCCCCAGAAGAAAGGAGAGGUCACCCCCUGACCCCCCCCACCCCUCCCCUCUCUCACAGUCAGCCCUCUCCAGCCGAGAGGAGAAGGGGGGCAGGGUGACGGGGGGGUCAAAUCUCCCACAAUCCCACUGUGCUUGUGAGAUGGAGACCAGGGCCAAGCGUUCCAGCCAAUCAUAUCUCAGCUGCAGGUCACACCAGUGGCCAAUCUCUGGUUCCGUUUUUAAAAAAAACACCUUUUCUGCUCUACACUGUACUCUAUGUGAACUCUAUAUUAGCAUAUAUGUUAGCUUAGCGCCAUGCACAGGAGGUGUGUGUGUGUGGGGGGGGGGAGGGUGUGUUGUAGAACUGUGGGGGCGACUCAUCAUUCAUUACUGUGAUUUCUGAAAUGUCCACUAGCAAUGUGACUUUGGGAGCUUGCUUACUAUAAGCGCAUCAGGACUCCAGACCCAAGUAACUGUUGAGUUUUUUUAUGUCGUACUUUGUGUUACACAGAAGAGUAGCAACAUGACAUUAAAUGGGAUAAGGGAUGUUUGGGAUGGGAUGAGAGGUGCAGUAUGCUAUAUCUUAAUAAAGUGGAACGUUAAUCAAAUUCUAAAGGAACGUGAUAUUGAUUCAUUAUUUGUUUACAUGCAUAAAAACAUGUCCAAAACAAAAAGCUAAAACCAUGCAAACCAUGCAAAAGAUGUACUGUACAUCAUCCGUAUUUCACCCAUAUCACUAGAUGGAACAUUCAUCAGAUCUAGAUGCCUUGUUUACUGACCACAGAAAUGGCAUACUGCAUCUCUUAUGGACAGAGGUGAUUGUGCUGUAGGAUCUAAAACGUAUUCUUAAGUGUCUUUGCUUGUGUGUUGGAUACCCAGAUGGCAACAGAGGCUCUCGGCUUGUCCAACUGUGUGCUUUUGUAACAAACCCGAGUAAGUGAACUCUGUAAGUGGUAAAGCUCUGAGAAGCACCCCAGGGCUCUGCUUUGCUCUGAGAAUCUUUUAUUAGGACAUGUACUACCAUAAAACCCUCAAAGGAGGAGGACAUUUACUACUGACGCUACACUAGGACAUUUACUGACAGCUAGGCUACACUACACUAUAGGAGGACAUUUACUACUGACAGCCAGGCUACACUACACUAGCACAUUUACUACUGACAGCCACACAGUCACUACACUAGGAGGACAUUUACUACUGACAGCCAGGCUACACUAGGAGGACAUUUACUGACAGCUAGGCUACACUAGGAGUGCUACUGAAGCGUUUCGUUGGCGAGCAUACAAAUUGUUUUAGAAGACUGGUGUCAUGUUUCCAAAUGGGCUCAGCGCUCCCACGUGUGUUGUGUUGACUGUAGUGGAAGCUGAUUGCUGCAGCAUAUGCUCCGUCAACGGAACGCCCGGACUGGCCCCACCAUAAACUCAUCUGCCCAGGCUCGUCACCAAUCCCAACAGCUCGGAAUAAGCAACCGGUGCGCAUCUGGGCCAAAUCUGGGCCACGGGCUCGCCACACUCCGCUGCCGUCUGCGUAUCCUCAGAGUGUGUCGUAGGGACCUAUAGGAGAGCCGUAGGAUUGUUUUUUUGGUGCUAAAUUUUCAUUCACAGGAUUUUUUCAAGCAACACUUAUUACAUAUUGUUCUUACUGCUCUUUGGUUUUGUACUCGGACUGUUGACUGCACUUGGCCAAGACAGAAUGGUGGCAGCCAGAGCAGAAACUCCCUUUAGAUGCAGAGUAGCAAUACCCGUAAAAGAGAGGAUUUGCCAAUUUUGUUACAUUUUUAUAAAAGGUGUACCAAGCGUGUCAUGUGCAUGGGUAGAACAUUACCAACGAUAAGCGACAUGGAAGUAGGAGGUUACAUAUGAGCAUCAGUAGGCAGAGAAACUUUGGCUACGAUAAUAAAAUAAGACAACGCUACUCGUUUGUAAAUCAAACAUUUAUUCCAGUAGGAAUAGAAGACUUUUUGAACAAAAGGAACAAGUCCCUGAUCCCUUGUCAAUCUGAUCUCAAUGCUGUAUUUAGUCCAAAUUAUGUGUGUGUGUGUAUUAAGGUGGUUUAA